CCAUCCUGCUCCGCCCCGCCCACAUCUUCCACCAUGGAGAAGAUACAGUGGGAAGUGCAGCACACCGCCCCCGAUGUCCCCUUCCGCGCCGCCGACAGACAUGUCCAUCACACCUGGGCGAAGACGUUCCAGUCACGGCCCGAGCUCUACAUCCGUCCUCGGUCCCUCGCCGAGAUCCAAAAGGUGGUGAACUUGGCGCGAAUCUGUCGACGCAGGAUAGUCGUGGUGGGUUGUGGACACUCGCCGAGUGAUCUCACGUGUACGAGCAGCUGGAUGGUUAAUCUCGACGGGUACGCCCAAGUGCUGCACGUGGACCGCGCGAAGAAGACACUGUUGGUCGAAGGCGGCAUUCGUCUGCGCAACCUCAACGAGGAGGCGAAUCGCCAUGGCCUGACGAUGCCCAAUUUGGGCAGCAUUAACGAGCAGAGUAUCGUCGGCGCCAUCGCCACUGCGACUCACGGGAGCAGCCUGCGGCAUGGCUUGCUCAGUGACUCGGUGAGGAGUCUACGGGUCGUGCUGGCAGACGGCCAAGCGGUGAGAUGCUCCAAGGAUGAGAAUCAGGAGCUGUUUCGUGCUGCGCUCGUGUCACUGGGGGCCCUAGGCAUCAUCGUCGAAGUCGAGUUCGAAAUGACCGACGCGUGCAACAUCGAGUGGACACAAACGCUGCUCCCCCUCGAUGAGAUUCUCCGCACUUGGGACAACACGCUGUGGACGGAGAAGGAGUUCACGCGCGUGUGGUGGAUGCCGUACAUGAAACGUGCCAUCAAAUGGUCUGCAGAAAAGACCAGCAAACCAGAACGUGCGGCAGUCGAAAGCUGGUAUGGUGGCUCUGUGGGCUUUCAUACCUACCACAGCCUCUUGUGGCUGUCGAAUUACGUGCCCUGUAUUCUGCCUUGGGUCGAGUGGUUCGUCUUUGGCAUGCAAUACGGCUUCCAGACGGGCAGCUCUACCACAGCCGUCGAGCCUUUGCAGACCGGUCUGCUCAUGAACUGCCUGUAUAGCCAAUUCGUCAACGAAUGGGCCCUCCCGCUUCGCGAUGGCCCAGAAGCCAUUUCGCGUCUCUCGGCGUGGCUGAAUGGAGAGUCCAAGUCGAAGCACGAGAUACCAUUUUCCUGCAAAGGUCUUUACGUCCAUUGCCCCAUUGAAGUGCGAGUCAGUGACACGACGAGAGACCCGGAUCGUGUUCGACCCUUUCUCGACAACACUUCUGAAAACGGCCCCACUCUCUAUCUCAAUGCCACCCUCUAUCGCGCCUACCUCCAGGAUCCUCCGUGCCGGGACCGAUACUAUGAAGCGUUCGAGUGGCUCAUGCGCGAUAUGGGCGGCAAGCCACACUAUGCCAAGAACUUCACUUAUACCGCCGCCCAUGAGAUCCAGGAUAUGCUCGGCGACGGCCUGAAGCAGUGGACCAAAGUGCGUGACGAGUCUGAUCCAGAGGGCAUGUUCAUUGGCGAGUGGCAUCGACGCAACCUAGGUCUGAACCAGCAGCGCUAUGCUCUCGAAGAGCGUGAAGUCGCACGGACGAAAGCGGGCAACGGAGGUCAAGUGUGGGUGGGCGAGAUGUCGCAGCAUCCCGAGGCCGUCAUGUCUUCUCCUGCUGCUGCUGCUGCUGCUGCUGCUGAUUUCGUGCCCAGACCGAGAGAAGGCAGAUCGACCAGUCCCAGUGCAAGUUCGACUGCCAGUAGCUUUGACAUGAUGCACAGCGUCACGGCGGACCGGGUUUCAUCCUCAUGGCAGAGCUCCGAAUUCGACAAGGGCGAGGAGGAUACGGACAAGGACGAUGGUCCCAGAUAUCAUGGCCAUCCCCACAGGGGUAUCACGGGGGUGGAGGUAUUCGAUAAGAUGUGAGGCAGGCAGGCAGGCAAACCUGCUCAGUGCCCGCCCAAUAGAAACGACAGAAGGAGAGAGAGAAAAAAAAAGAAAAAUAGUACGAGACACGAAACUCAUGCAUGCAUGCAUGGCAUGGCUACUGCUUCCCAAAGAACGGAUUGAGUCGACAUGGGUCAAUGCGAGCGGCAUGUAGCCAGCCAGCCAGCCAGCCAACCAGCCAGCCAUUCAUAUAUAUAUACAUGAGGUAUAUUAU